AUGUCCACACUACUCGACAAUGGUGUUUACAACGAUACUUCACUCUUCUUCUCAGAAAAUCUUCAAGACGUCGACAUCAGGCAGUUUCGGGUUGCAUGGUUCUAUCGUGCUGAGUUUGAGCAUCAGGAAGAGAACGAUACCUUGACUCAGCUCAUUACCAAUGGCAUCUCAUCUCGAGCGGACUUCUGGCUCAACAAGGAAUACUUCAGUGAGACGACUGGAGCGUAUGGGGGUGCUGAGCUGGAUAUCACGUCAAAACUACGACUCGGAACAAACAUUCUUCUUGUGAAGGUGUAUCCUACGGACUAUAACCGCGACUUUGCCCUCGGAUUCGUUGACUGGAAUCCUUACCCACCCGACAACGGGACAGGUAUUUGGCGCGAUAUUCAACUUAAGAAGACUGGCCAGGUCAGUCUCGAUAAGCCGCGCAUCAAAACAACCUUGGAGGGCGAUGUAGACUUCUCCGUUAGCGUCAAGAAUCUAGGCGAGAAGCGAAUAGAAGGGAGAGUUCAGUGUGCUGUGACUGACCCAGAUGGCAAAGAACUCGGAAGACCCCGUGUCUCCUUCGGGGCAGAUGGCAAAGCCUCGGAUUUAGUAGCAUUGUACCUGAAGGUCAAAACACCCCAGACCUGGUAUCCAUCUCAGUGGGGUGAUCAACCACUCUACAGCGUUCAAUGCACUGCAACCAAGAACAUUGCCUCCGACGUUUCAUCAGUAUACGAUCAAACAUCCAAAACGAGAUUUGGCAUACGUACAGUAACUUCCCGGCUCAACCCCUACAACGACACGGUUUUCUCAGUCAACGGCCAUCCUUUCCAGGUCCUUGGUGCCGGCUACACAUCUGACAUCUUCCUACGCUUCGACCUUGAGAAGCUGCGUGCGCACUUUCAGUACGUCCUAGACAUGGGCAUGAACACCGUCCGUCUCGAAGGCAAGCAGGAACAUCCUGAACUGUACGACUUGGCAGACGAGAUGGGCAUUAUGCUGUUACCAGGGUGGGAGUGCUGCGACAAGUGGGAGGGCUGGACUUACAACGAGGAGGGUACUGGCGAGAAGUGGGACAACAAAGACUAUGAGACUGCAGCUAGGUCUAUGGCACACGAAGCAAGUAUGAUGCAGAACCAUCCGAGUGUAAUGGGAUUUCUGGUAGGAAGUGAUUUCUGGCCCGACAACAGAGCGACUGAUCUGUAUGUGAACACGCUCAGAGACUACAACUGGACCACUCCAAUCAUAGCGUCCGCCUCACAAAACGGGUUUCCGUCUCGACUUGGUAACGGCGGCCUGAAGAUGACUGGUCCGUACGAUUGGGUGCCACCAAACUACUGGUAUGACACUGACAACGGCAACAAUACACACUUGGGUGCAGCAUUUGGCUUUGGUUCUGAGCUUGGUGCUGGAGUUGGUACUCCCGAAUACGGCAGCUUGACCAAAUUCCUCUCGUCGUCUGACCUCGACGAUCUCUGGAAAAGCCCAGACAAAGGCCUCUACCACAUGAGUACGAACGUUUCAUCUUUCUACACGCGCACAAUUUACAACGAGGGACUCUUCAAACGCUAUGGCUCACCCAAAAGCCUAGCUGACUACAUCUUCAAAUCACAAAUGGCAGACUACGAAGCUACGCGUGCCCAGUUCGAAGCCUACCUCUCGCGUUGGAGUGCCGAGCGCCCUGCAACGGGCUUGGUAUAUUGGAUGCUAAACAAUGCCUGGCCAAGCUUACACUGGAGUUUAUUCGAUUACUAUCUACAUCCAGGCGGAAGCUACUUUGGCACUCAAUCUGCACUCGGAAACAUGGAGUCCGCAGUCUACGACUACCACUCUCGAGACAUCUAUCUUGUGAACCGCAACCUAUUCCCCAACGAUGCCAACAGUACAAGAAGCGUAGACGUAUCCCUCAUCAGCCUCUCCGGCGAAACCAUCGCAGAAGAAACCUCCAACGCACUCACAACCCCCAAUACGAGCAACCGUGCCACACGCAUCGAAGCCCUCGACAACAUCACUGAAGCAGUCCUGCUCCGCCUCAUCCUCAGAUCUUCCUCCUCCGACAACGACAUUCUAAGCAGAAACGUAUACUGGCUCGCCCCCAACCCAGACAUCCUAGACUGGGAUAACUCAACCUGGUACCACACGCCCGUGACCUCCUUCAGCAACCUCACCGCCCUCGAGACAAUGGACGAAGCCACCAUCGUCGUGCGCGGCAAGGGUCAGAGUAUUCAACUAGAGAAUACGUCCGAUGUGCCCGCUGUGUUCGUACGGCUGAAUCUCGUUGACGAGCAGGACAGGGAUGUUGUUCCUGUGCUCUGGGAGACGAACUAUAUCACGCUUUGGCCGCGGGAGUCAUAUGAUAUCGCGGUGAGCGCUGGGAGUGGGUUGGCGGUUGAUGAGUUGAGGGUGCAGAUUGAUGGGCGCAAUGUAAGGAGCAGAACGGUGAGGCUGAAUGGGGGGACGCAGGUUCUGGAAGGAGAUGGGUUUCAAUUGUAG